AUGCAAAUUGCCGUAUUAUAUCUACUAUUGACAUCUUGCAUGAUCCAUAUUUAUGCAAUCACCUCAUCACCAACGUCAUUGUCUUCCAUUACUGAUCAUAUAAUAGAAUUUGACGAUAGUUCCAUUCAGUCUACUUUAGAACAAGCGGAUUUUUCUUUUAUUUAUUUCUAUUCUGAUGUUUGUAAAUAUUGUCGGAAAUUUGAACCUACAUUUGAAAAUCUAAGUGUAUUAUACAAUCAAGUUAAACAGAAAGACACCAAGAAGAGAAGAGGUAAAAAAGAUAAUAAUAAUAAUAAUAAUAAUGGGGGGUUAUAUUUUCAAAUUUUGAAAACUAAUGCUAGACAAAAUAAUCGAUUGAGUCAAUUGUUUAAAAUUUCUCAAUAUCCAACACUAAAAUUAUUAAAUUAUAAAACUAAAGAAAUUAUAACUUAUGAUAAUAAAAAUAAUCGAGAUUUACAAUCUAUUAUUAAUUAUUUACGACAAAAUUUAAAAAUUGAACCUCAAUUUGAAAAUUUUAAAACCAAAGUCAAAUAUUAUCAAUCUCCCUCAAUUGAUUCUUCCAAACAGGAUUUAAACUGCUUUGGAAAUGAAAACGAAACUAAUGCGCAUGACAAAUUAGUAUUUUUCAUUACUAGUUAUUUACCCGAUUGGAUUGAUUAUCAAUAUCCAGCUCAUUUUGUACAUCAAUUGGCAUUAGAUUAUCAAGAUUUAACUAUUAUAGUUGUUGAUGUUGAAAAAUUGAAUGAUUAUGUUGUACUAUCAAAGUAUGAAAUUAAUAGUUUCCCUAGUGUGAUGUAUUUGAAAAACAACGGAGAUUAUAAGAAAUAUCAAUUUAGUAGCCAAUCAAAACAUGAAUUGGAUUAUCAUCAAAUAGAAGAAUUUAUUGAAAGUAUUGAUCAAGAUGAUGCGAUUUGGGAAAAAGUUAAAAAAAGUCCAGUAGAUACUGAAACUAUAUCACAGCAACAACAUGAAGUAGAUAAUGAUGACGAAGAGGAUGAUUUAACAUUUGAACAUAUAGAAUUAUGA